AUGGACGUUGUGCCAGCAUCAUAUUUGAGAAAUACAACAUUUACAAAAACAGCUUUGUAUAAAGAAUACAAUUUUCAAAGUGUUAGUGAUCGCGAGAAGAAAAAAGAAAAAAUUAUGCUGAAAGGAAAUAAAAAAGAUUGUGAUAUAAUGGUUGCUGCAAUGCAGCACAUAGUUGAACAUCAGCAAACAGAGGAACACCAACUAAACACUUCUGCUCAAGCAGUUCAACCAAAAAGAUCAAUUUUGCAGGAUAUACAGUCACAAACUGCUGCAACAUCGAAAGUACCAUCAUCAACAGAUGCAUUAUCAUUAGUGGCAUCACUAGGAAAUCAUGAUAAUACCACCGGUAAUGCAAAAAUGCAUUAUCAAGCUGGAAAAUAUUGUACAAUUACAUUUCAAGACAGUAAAACAGCGGCGUUAGCUGUUUUUCAAUAUGACGAUCAUUUUGUUGAGAAAUUUGGUUCGACAAUAUCGGUAAAGAUACUUCCACGAGGUGUGCCAUUACCAGAUGUUAGGUUGUCUCCAUUAUCUACUUUGACAGAUUCAACAAGUGCUUGUGCAACGUCAACAUGUACAAGUUUAUGUUGUAUUACAGAAAGGGUUUAUCUUAAAGCUGAAAUAGCUAGAUUAACGACAAAACUAAAACACACACAAAACACUUAUACUUGUAAGUUAAGACUUUUGUGUUCAUAGCGUAAGACAGAUUGAUUAACUUUGAUUUACCUUCAUAGCGCCCCCACCAACGAGCAUUGUACCAUUUUUAAAUGAAAUAAUACAAAAGAUGGAAGCACAUAAAACUUUAAUGGCAUCAAAUAUAACGGCAAAAGUAGGCAGUGAUGCACCAAAGAAGCAUCUUAUAACUCUUUCCGUUUUAUGUUAAAUUUCUAUCUGUAUGUAGUUAUAUCCAAAGAUUUUUCGUUUUUAU